AUGUGCAUGCCAUCCAAGUGCAACACCUGCCAGAAAAACACCUGGUGGGGUUGCGGAAGCCAUAUCCCCUCCGUCAUGGACCCGGUGCCUGAAUCCGAUCGCUGCACCUGCUCUCCCAAGGUCAACGCCGACGGCAAGGAGUAUCCUCCGAAGGGGCCCGGUCCUGCCUGA